AUGAUAAUAAUGGAAGGUUUACCAACUGAGUAUGAUGUCAUUGUCAUUGGCACGGGUAUGGUAGAAAGUAUUUUGGCAGCAGCAUUUGCACGUUGUGGAAAAAGUGUGUUACAUCUUGAUACGCAAACAGUAACAACGAAUACAGAAGAAGUUGCUGAAGAACCUAAAAAGUCUGUUGUCACAGCUGACGAUUUACUUAAACAAUCACGAAAAUACAAUAUUGAUCUUGCACCAAAAUUAUAUUAUUCAACUGGUGGAAUUAUUGAUUUGUUAAUACAGUCGAACGUUGGCAAAUAUUGUGAAUUUAAACUUGUAUCAAGACUAUUGCGAGAAAAAAAUGAACAGUUAGAAACUGUUCCAUGUUCACGUGCCGAUGUGUUUAAUACGAAUGAAAUUAAUCUUAUGGAAAAACGUUUAUUAAUGAAAGUGUUGACAUUAUGUUUGAAUUAUGACAAGAAAAAAGAUGAAUUAAAAGACGAAUUAGAAACCCCAUUUAUUGAUUUUUUAAAGAAGCAAAAAUUAGAUGAUAAUCUAUCACGUUUAAUCUUGACUUCGAUAGCAAUUGUUGAUAAUCAAGCAACAACGACAGAGUGUCAACGUAACCUGCUUUUUACAUCCUUUUUUAAUUACCAGGGAUUAGUUGGCGCUAAACGCUUUCUGAAUUCUAUUGGACGUUACGGAAAUUCACCAUUUUUGUAUCCAUUGUAUGGAACUGGAGAAAUGUCACAAUGUUUUUGUCGUUGUACCGGUAUUGUUACCGAAUCAUCCGAUCACUAUCGUUCAAAACAUGUUAUUUGUAACAAAGCGUUUUUAAUGAAUUAUUUGGACAAAUCAAAUACGAAAGUUGUUAAACGAACUGUUUUAUUCACCAAUCGUUCUAUAAAAUCAAGUGUUAAAGAAGAGAUUACAUUUUUACGACUGAAUAAUUCAAAUGAGCAGGGUAUAACUGUUAUUGAAGCUGGCAAUACGUCUGGUUGUGCACCAGAAGAUUUAUAUGAUUUUACUAGGGAAAAUAUUCUGGGACAAUUUACUUACGAUCAAAUCGAUACAUACAACAUGAAUAUGACAGAACAACAGGAAAUACCAAAUCUUUUUUUAACUCAUGGUCCGGAUGCAACAAUCCAUUUUGAUCAAGUUAUUGAUACUGCAAAAAAUAUUUUCUCAAUUGUGUGUCAAAAUGGAGAAGAAUUUUUACCACGCGCACCCGAUCCAGAUGACAUAAUAAUCGAGAGUGAAAGUACAGAAAAUAAUUCUAUAACUAAAUUUGAUGAUGAAUCGAAAAAUGAUGAUACUAAUGUAGUACAAGAACAUUUGGAUGAAACGAUUAUAAAAAAUGAAACUCAAACAGAUUCAACCUAA